CAAGGGGUUACAACCAACGUUACCAGCUAGCUAGGGCAAGUGUACGAGAGAGUUACAUAUGGAAGACCCUAAUGACUAUAACAGUAAGAGGAGCCAUGAGCAGCAACAGCAAGGAUCGAAAGAAGAUCCUCAGGUGAAGUACCGCGGCGUGAGGCGGCGGCCGUGGGGGAAAUUCGCGGCGGAGAUAAGGGACCCGUCGAGGCAAGGAGCUAGGCUGUGGCUUGGGACGUUUGACACGGCGGAGGAGGCUGCUCGGGCCUAUGAUAGGGCUGCCUUUAACUUUAGAGGUCACCUUGCUAUUCUCAACUUCCCUAAUGAGUAUUAUUCUAGGGUUAUGGGCUCUCCUCCUUAUCCUCCUCACAUAACAUUUUCUUCUACUCAUUCUGCUGGUUCUUCUUCUUCUUCUUCUGGUCCUUGCCAGGGUUCGGGCUCUUCGGGGGCGGGGGCCGGAGCGGGGAUGGGGAUGAGUGGCCGCCGCCAAGAGCGGCAAGUUUUCGAGUUUGAGUAUUUGGAUGACAAGGUGUUGGAGGAGCUUCUUGGUUCGGAGAAAGAUAAGAAGAAAUAAUAAUAAUAAUGCCGAGUAAGAG